AUGAUUGCCGACGACGAGACGACUCCAGUGGUGACGCUAUCGCUGUCGCUCUCGGAGAUUGCCGAACACGAGGGUUGGACUUUCGUAACCGCUAUGCUGGACAGCAGGUCGAGUGCCGACACCACAGUAUCGGUGUCGGCGGAACCGGCUGAGCUAAUAGAACAGAGAGAGGAAAAUACUCUGACCAUUCCGGCGGGCCAGACAGAGAGCAUUGGGUUUGGUGUGAGACUCCAGGCAGUAGACAACGACGAACUCGCGGAAGCCACCCAAACCGUGACGGUGUCCGGCACGUCAGAGAACGCACAAGGGGUUGCCGGGCCCGAGAACGUGACGUUGACCAUCAUCGACGAUGAAGCGCCCUUCUUCGCUGACGACAGCAUUGCGUACACCUUCACGACGGGAAUCGCCGGGAGUCGCUUCCUGCCUGAAGCUGAGUUUGGCAACGGGAAGCUAACAUACUCCCUAUCUCCUGCUCCGAGCAAUGAUGUCACCUUCACCCCCGAACCACCGGCCCGGAUUGGGGUUUCAGCCACCUCCGUCGCUGCCGGCGAGACGAGCUAUACGCUGACCGCCACGGACGCCGACGGCGACACCGACACGAUGACGAUCAGCAUUACGGUCCGCAAAGGCGUGUGCCCCAACAGCGCCGCAGUUUCCGGAUACUCCGACCCUGGGAUCGUCCACGACUGCGAAGCCCUUCUGGCGUCCAGGGACACCUUGAGCGUUGAUCAGUCGCUGAACUGGGACGAGGACCUCCCCAUCGACGAAUGGAAGGGAGUCGAGCUUGCCAACGGCCGGGUAGUCGGAUUGCGCAUGAGUUCUGAGGGUAUCGUCGGGACCAUACCAUCGGAGUUGGGAAACCUCUCCAACCUGCAAGGGCUGUCCCUCUGGGCAACCGGUUGA